AUAAAAGGAAGUCAGCGCUGCUCGGCACUUAUCGCAGGGUAAUACAUGUUAGGACUCUAUAUGGAAAAGUUGCCUUAUCUGAAUUAUAGUGUGUAGCAGAAUGGACCUCUGUAACCCUGAGAGCAUUUCACCUUUACCUGGACAUAAACAAUGCCUAGAUGUGGAGAAGAGUGACAGCUCAAAUGAGAGCCAAGGAAAGGUCUCAGAAGAAGUGUCAUCCAAGCUUCUUUUUUAUACAUUUGUGCCGGUGUUAAAGACAUUGCCAAUUAAAAUCACUCUCACAGAGGCUGCGAAAACAGGACUACUCACAGGCAAACCAAAUAAGAAUUUAGGAGUUCCCAAGCAGAAGGCGACUGAAGACACCAUGUCGGACGGAGGGCUUUUCAAGGCAGAGGUGAUCUAUAUCAGGGACUGUGAAAAACGUGGAGCAGGGGACAUGGUCCAACAGGAGACAUAUACUCGGUUGAUAUCUCCUCCUGAUCACACAACCCCACCCCAGACCCCUCCGCCUAUAAAUACCCAGCCAGAAAAUACAGUCCACCAUUUUGUAUCCGGGCCCGCUACUAUGGAAACAGCUGUUAACAAACACCAGGGCAUUUCUCAGCAGCAGUGGCACAACACCCCUGUGGGUGCUGAGGUCAGCUUGGAUCUCUUUUUAAAUAGAGAGUCUGACUCAGACGAGAGACUAAGCCCCGCUAACUCCACAGACCUGUUUCCUGCUUCUUCYAAGAGUCAGAGUCAGGAGUCCAUCCUCUCUGAGAGUUGGGACAAAGACAGGAGCUGGUCUGCACUGCAAAUGUCCCCUGAGAUGUCUCGCGCAGUGUCCCCGUGCUCCUCAGUGAGAUCUGGCAUGUUCACCCCUUCUGUUGUGCGAGUCAAGAGGCACUCCCUAGAACCUGGCUCCAGUUUAAUCCACAUGCCGCCAACCUGCCUCUCACCAACUUGUUGUGCAAGUCCCUCCUCGUCCCCCUGUCCCCUGUCCCCCCGCUCCCGCCACAGGCCCCCUCCCACGCGGCUCUCCCUGCUAACAGCUAUCCUCCGAAAGGGCCGCCUGCCAGUCCUYUCCCCUACUCUGACUCUACAGAGACCCUACUCCCCCUGCUGGCCCAUUCACCAUGGGACUUCCUGUAAUGCCUGCUCUGCAGCCUCCAGUGUGGCCUCUAUUCCGCUGGAGGUGUUCUCAUCCAGGGCCCAGUCCUCAGCCUCCAUACACAGCCCAGCUCAGAGUUACCAUCACAGGGAUGGAUGUGUGUUAGAGUCCCUUAGAUCUGUCAAUGCACCCCUGUCCAUAGAGUCUAAGGAGCUUUCCACCUCAUGGAGAAUGGUUGGCCCUCACAGCCCACCAUUAAGACACUCAGAUGAACUGAAAUCAAACAAUGGAAUUAUCUCUGAGAGGGUCACCUCCCCCUCUUAUCGAAGCCUUGUGGCGUCACCAGUCCCACCGUUGUCUCAACCGUUUCUUCAGAACCUCCCCAAACCAGUAGACUACARCAAAGUUCCAAGUCCACCUCUGUACUCAUCACACUCAAGAUUCAGGCGUCUGUUUCCUGAGCCACUCAACGACUCAAUUAACUCAAGACUUAACUCACUGUCACCUGAGCCGAAACCAGUUAAGAACCAGGGGGCUUCUGUGCCCCACGAUUCAAAUCAACCCCUUUAUUCGUCACACUCAAGACUUAAAUGUCUGUCUCCUAACCCAGCUCACAACCAGGGGACCUCUGCAUGUCAACCUCUUUACUCAUCCUUCUCAAAGCUCAGCUCACCGUCUCCCGGACUAGUAAACUCCUCAUCAAACUCAACACURGACUCACUGUCUCCCGGACCAGUAAACACCUCAUCAAACUCAACACUCGACUCACUGUCUGCUGAACCUAAACCAGUUAGCAAGAACUUUGUACAAGCUCUGAAUUCUCACCUACGAUCAAAGCUCACCUUUCUGUCUUCUGCACCUGCUAAUAACCAGGAGACCUUUAAGGCCCUCGAUACGUCUACACCUGAAGUUUCCUCCAUGGGAACCUCUAACAAUCGGGGGAUUUCUAUGGGGACCCUUAACACCUGGGGGACRGCAAGACCCCAAGUUUGGAGUCCACUGCCCUACUCAUGUCUUUCCAGGUCUCCUAAACCACGCUCUCUCUGUGCCCCAGAGGGCCAUCUUUCUGCCUCAUCCCACUCACCCAGUGGCACAGUUUCCUCUGCACGGAGGUACACAGAUACAAUAUCACCAACCCCAUUACAGAACGGCCUGAAAACACCUCCACACUCGAUGCUGCAACUCGGUGUCUCCCCAGCUCACAGAGCUUUCCACCUCACUCCCACCCUCUACACACCCCCUGGAUGUCCAUCACCUAAGCCCCCCACUCCCCCCUCUACACCCGACUGCUUCACCCUCUCCCCUUCUCCGGCGCCCCCGACCCGUGACCUUACUCCGUCUCCCUCUCUCUCCCUGCGCUCUACGCCCUCUCCAUGCCUAUGGAGGGAGAUGUCAGACUCCAUUGAUACAAAAAGAAAGCCACACAAGAUCAAGUUAAGCUAUAAAGCCCUCGCUGCAAUUCCCACAAACACCGUUCUGUUGGACCAGCAGGCAAUUGAUGAUCAAGUGGAAAAAGAAGGAGAUUCACAGGACCCAGUGGACAGACGUAAGAAAGAGGACACACAUGCAGAGAUGUGUUCCCCUGCACAGUUGCGAAAGCAGUCAGAAGAUCUGUACGCUGUCAUAGACGAAGUGUUAGAGGACCCCAUUCCAAUGCGCCAAGCAUCUCCUGCCCUCGCAUACUCCAGGGAAUCAAUGGACAAAUGUGCACCAAAGCGGUACACCUCAUUGCCAAGGUCAUUGGGACGUGAAACGAAAUAUGCAACCUUCAACCUACAACCGUCUGUUGAGAGAAAACUGGCAGACACCUAUAAGACCAAGCCUGGCGUAAUUCGACCUGCCAAUAUUAUCCCAAGAUUGACAGAGGAAAAURAUGAUGAAGCGUUUCAUCCAAACCCCUUCAAGCAAUAUCUGGAUGAGUUGACUGUCAAUGACCAGAACAAGAUUUUCAAACAUUGGAACAGAGACAUUGAAACAGUACAACACACCCAGUCCUUUAAAACCCCACCCACCCCACCGCUUCUGUCCCUCGUUCCCAAACACCCCUUCCAUCCCUUCCUCCCUCCCCACCAAGGCAUCAUACCAAGAUAUCAUAAAAUAAAAAUUCAAAAUAGACAAAUAAAAACAAACACUGAGAAAAACAAAGACAAAAACAAUAGCAAUAAUUUGUAACAAUAAUAGUAAUAAUUGGUCAUACAACAGCACUACAGUUCUUUAUUAGCAGCUCCAACACAUCUGGCCCAUAUCAUUGCCUCUUAGUCCUUGUCCCGGGGACCCUGAGGGGCGCCCAACCCCACCCCAGCCUCCAGCACACUGACUCCAAUCAAGGGCAUGGUAAUGAGUUGUUUUGUUGAGUCGAGAGAGCUAGCGCCGUGGCAAGAACAAAGAUGCAGAGGUUAUUGGAUUUGCUGUUUAGUCAAAUGGAACUAGAAUUAGUUAAAUUCAAGAGCACUUUAAUUAUAUUCAUUAGGUUUUGAGAUGUUUUUUUAAAACCAUAGUUUGUAGAUUUCGGUCUGUCAGUUUUCCAAGAACAUGAAGGUAGAUUGGCUACAUUUGCCAUGACUGAAAGGCACUGCAGUCGCUUCAAUCUUGACCUUGUUGACCUGAAAUGAUUUCCCCUUUGCUCUAAAACCUGAUUUUGUGAAAGAUGGGAGAGAUCAUUCAAGACAAUUUUAGGCGAUAUGUUAGUCGGAAUCCUUAAUACUGAAACUGCCAUGUCCGUUUGGGAUAACAAAAAAGUUACUGCAAACAAAAGUUUGGACACACCUACUCAUUCAAGGGUUUUUCUAAACUAUGAAAUA